CUGCGAAUCCAGCCGUCCCUCCCCGUCCGCGCGUCAGCUCCAGCUCAAUCCAAACUCAACUACCGGUGCGAAAAAAAAAGGGAACGACAGAUCGUCACAGCAAUCAUGCCCGCGAAGGCCGUUUCCACCCGCCUCAACGGCAUCCGGCUGCAGUCGAUCGGCCAGCUGCGCGUCAAGGCCCCGAACAAGAAUGAUGGCGGAUCUUGUACGGCUAUUAUGUCGUCGAUGUUGAGUUGCUGGGCCUCCCAGGGCUACACCGCUGAAGGGUGCGGUGCCAUCGAGCAGCAGUUGAGACAGUGCAUGGACGCGCCGAAAUCCAAGAACAAGCGCAGCGACGCCAUCAACUACCAUCUCUCGAGAAUGUACCCCAAGGUGGUCGGUCCCAAGAAGAAGAAGGGCGUUAUUGGUUGAUUCCGUCCUCUGUCCAUCUACCUACGUACAGACGUAUCGUUUGUGGGAUGCAUGCCAAUGGUUGUCUAUCUGGCUGGUCAUCUGGCUGGUUAUCUGUCUCGACUGGGCAUAUCCGGUGAUGCUUUUCUCCGUUCUCUCUUGUCUGGUUUAGCCUGGGAUGGGUUACGGCUCUAUUGCCCUGCUGAAAGUGGGGUGAGGUGAGAUGAGACGCAGCGAGACAAGAUGAGAUGAGUUCCCAACGCGGGGGGAUGAGACCAGACCAUGCCGGGCAGGUUAACC